CUAUGAUUUGAUCUAUUGUGUCACAUGAAAUUAUAAUUUAUAAAUAUCCUUUGAUUAUAAUAUUACUAUGUGGCAGAAUUAUUAAAAUAAAAGCAUAAGUAUCUUUGAUUAAAAACGAGAAACAUAAAAAGUAUACUUACUGCUACUUAGUUCGUCUAUAAUUGCGCAAGUUGUUUAUCAGAACAUAAACAUGGAGGAAAAAAUGUUAUAUGGCGCAUUGACGGUGUACCGCGAGCGUGGCGCGUGUCUACGCCGCCUUGAACAGUUCGAAAAGGCGAAAGCUUCAUACGAUGAAGCGUUCAAGAGUGCUCCCGAAGAUGUGCGCACCCUUACCGGCCGGAGCCAAGUUUGUGCUGAUGCGGUGCAACCAGUACAAGCAUAUGCAGAUGCUGAACUGGCUCUUAGACUUGAACCUCAUAACAUGAACGCUAGGAACAUGCAAUCGCGGGCGCUAUACACCAUGUCCGAUUUCGAACGAUCCGUUGUUAUGAAUUAUCGUGGCGCCAGGGUACGCCGUCAACCGCCUUACUUCAUGGAGGGUAUAAAUCAAGGACUAGAAACCAUACAAGACUGUAUAGGCGUAAAUGCAGGUAACGUUAUGAUGGAUUUUUUACCUCUUAUCAAACAAAAUGAAGCAGCCGGCAUUGAUGAUAAUGAACCAAAAAAGCCUUUACACGUAUCACGUAUCCCUAAACCUGAACGUAAACGAAAACUGACCCAAAUGGAAGCGCGCAAACACACAACUUUAGAACGCGUACUUGCUAUGAAAUAUUUAGGAGCCAUGGCAUCUGAUAAAUUCUUUCUUCAGGAACUAACGGAGGACCAACGGAUUAAAUCAGCAAAUGCAGCUGGUAGCAAUGAUCUUAAAGCACUAGUCAAGGAAGCACUAAGGUCCCUCACUGAAAGACAAGGUAUGUUGCGCGCCCAACGACCUUAUUACUCUAUAAAGUUAGCCGAAAAAGCAGAAUCAUCGCAUCAAAACAGAUAUAAAGAAGCUGUUUUAGUUAAAGAAAGAGAGAUUGGAGCACGAACUUCAGUGCGGUUAUUGAAAUCGAUAGAGAAAAGUUUGCGCGCCAACCGUGUCAUGGAAGUUAUUAUUCAAGCUGAACGAAUGCAGGUGUUCCUCGAUGGUAAAACACCACGUACGCUACCAGACAAAGAAUUGUACACGGAUCGACUCUACAGAGCCGUUGGCGAAGCCUAUCUCCUGCAACAUCGUCUGUCCUACACACUUAGCGAACGUGGUAAUCGGCGACGUAUUGCAUUCCUUAUGGGUCUGCCAGUUGGCCGGCCGACUUCAUUUGAUUCGGUCAUGGCAAAUUACCCUUACAAAUUCAUUGACAUUAAACAAGCUACAGAAAAAGUUUUGGCAACACUAGAGAUGUGCGAGAAUUCAACAAUGAGAUGCUGGCUGAUGUAUGAAAUGGCUCGGUUACUCUGCACGCAAAAGAAUUAUGCCCUUGCCAAGUUUUAUGCUAAACGUUGCCAACGCGAAGCACAUGAAUUAGGAAAUGUAACAUGGUGGCUAAAUGGUUGUUUUGCACUGAUGAGUGGCGACAUGCAACAAGGAAACUCGAAUGAGGUCCGGAUUCAAGUUGAAGAAGCUUUAGAAUGGUCUAAGAAAUUACAAGAUCCAGAAAGAGUGCAGGCGUUUUUGACGAAAUGCGCCGAGAUGGCAGCAGAGGCGAUAACAGCUGACGAACGCAAGGCCAUUGUCCAACGAGAGAGGCAGAUUGUGGGUGUGAUGGAUGAACAACAAAAGAUCGAAACUCAAGUGUUGUUCAAGCGCAUGUCAAUCGUACCGCCCGGGCGUCGGUUCUCUGUGCUGCCACGUAAGCCGGAAGCGGGCGAGCUCCGCGCCGAGCGCCGUUAUCUGCGCCAGCGCGGACUCUCCGUGAUACCAGGGCCAGAACAAGUGUUGCCAGCACCACCUAAAUCGGACACUCUGGGCUUCCAGCUGUUUGACAUCUAAUAUUGUUACUAUGAAAAUGGUGAAUCCGAAUGCAUAUUCCAUGUUUAAAUGGUCUGGACUUAAUAUGUGGCAGUUUACGAGGUGACCGCUAAUACUCCUACAUGGUAGAUUAAAUAAAAUACGUAGUAUAAUUUUAUUAACUAAUGAACUAAAUUACAUUUAUGGAAUUUGUAAAAUAAGUAUGUAAUGCAUUUAAUAACGUCUUCUUUUGUAGAAUAAUAUAUUUUUCUUUAUAUUAA